AUGCUCCAAGAAGUUUAUUUCGGUCAAAUGGAUAGGAAGCAACGCCAUGAUGAUUUUGCUAAUAUUGAUGCCACCUGGAGAAUUACUAACAUUGCCACUUCAGUUCAUGUUGAAGCAUUUGCUCAGAUGUUGUUCAGAAUCUGUGACUGCCCAUUUCGUAUGGUUUCCCUUUAUCAUAACAAAAAAUUUGAUAUUUUUAAAGAACCAUGUCGGAAACUCAUUCGGGCUGAACUUUUAGCAUUAAGACCUGGAAACUUAUCAACUGCAAUAAAAGGUCUACGUGAAUGGGAUAAAAUUUCUGAUUGUUAUGCACUUAAUUUAUCUUCAGCAGUGGAAACCUACAUCGAAGUUGAAUAUCAGAAACGCUUAUUAGCCAAAUAUUUUUCCGAGAUUCUUUGUAGCCUUAUUACUAGUACUGGAGCAUCUCUUGAAUUAAUUCUAAUAGAAGAUGCUAAAAAAGUUAGCAGGAAAGAAGUUUCUCAUACUAUUAAGAAUACUGAGAAAAAAAUUAAAGACGAAGAUGCAGAAUUAAUAGCCAAUGCCUCAAAUAUUAGUUCCGAUGAAGCUGAAAUUCUUAAACAAAACCCUAUAUACUCUUUUACUGAUAACUUGACUUUACAGCGACAUUAUUUGUGGAAAAUAUAUGCUUCAGGAGAUAUUGGAGGUAAGGAUGAUAUUCAGAAUUGGGGUAUAAAUAAUGAUGAUUGGAUUAAACUUUGUAAUAUAGAUUUUGUGAAAAAAUUCAAUAAUCUUGAACCUUUACAAUAUUUUAGAAGACUGGCGUAUUUCAGAAGGCAAGGAUUCAUUGAUAUUGACGAUACAAAGAUUCUUUCUGGAGAUGAUGUGACUAAGACUUUUGAGCAAUCACAGGAAAAAAUCAUUAAAAUUCGAGAAGAUAUAUUAUUACUCUUAGGUUUUAAGACUCAAGCUAAAGGAUUGUCCGAUCUCAAUGCUGCAAUAAAAUUUAUUAAUGUAAUACUGAGUAAUUGGUGCGGUUACACUAUCAAGAGUGGAUGA